AUGCCUGUGGUUGCCGGUCCUCCUGCCCAAGGUGGCCCAGGGGGCCCUUCAACUUUCGACAAGAUGAAAAUGGGCUGCCUCAUGGGUUCGACUGUUGGUGGUAUCAUGGGUUUCAUUGUCGGAACUGUGACAAUCUUCCAAUAUGGUGCUGGGCCUAACGGUGUCAUGCGGACUCUCGGCAAAUACAUGCUGGGUUCAGGUGCUACUUUCGGCCUCUUCAUGUCCAUCGGUAGUGUCAUUCGCAAUGAAGGACCUCGGAACGAUGCCUGGCUCCGCGCUCGAGGACCCCCGAUGAUGCUCCCCCGUCAGAGCCCCCUCCAGGCUAUGCGCCAAUAA